CGCCGCGUGCGGACGGAGGCGGCGCAGGCGGGAAGGGGCGCGAGGCGACGGGAGUUCACAAUCCUAAAAAUGUGACCUGUGGACCGAAGAGUUCUAAAAUGCAGUCCACAGCUGCCUUCUAUCUGUAGCAGUGUGAAGACCAAAUCAAUCAGCUUCAGGUUUUGAUUGCUGGUUAAUGCAAGCAACAGGCUUUUAAUCUAACAAAAUAGAUUAGAGUGUCAGCAGAUUAUUAGGGCUAUGUAUGUUUAUUGGUAGUUUAAAAAACUGAUGUGAUUGAGCCCAAAUCCACAUGAGUAGCUUUGCUGAUAUAAGUGUGUUCAUAUCUGGGCCCUUUAUCUGUAAAUUAGCUAUAGUGCUUUUGCUCCUGGCAAAUUUAGUUCCUGAUCUUGUAAAGGCUUAUGCAUAUGCUUAACUUUAUGCAUGCGAGUAGUCUCAUUGAAAUCAAUGGGACCAAUAUGCAUAAAGUUAAGCACAAAUUUUGCAGGACUAGGCAUUAAAUGCUAUGAUGAGGAGCACUCUACAAAUAGAAAUAGAAGUUAAUUUUAUCCCCAGUUCUGCAAAUUUGGGUGCCACUGGUUCAACAAAAUUAAGAAUUGUCUUUUUUUUCCCUUAACUCUUUGGCCCUGUUCUUGCCAUCCUUACUUAGGCAAAAAUUCUCAAUGAUUUAAAUGAGAGCUUUGCUUGAGCAGCAGACCCACUAUGGAAGUGUUAGAUGUAAUUUCAGUAACUUUAUCAAAUUAUUACAAAAAAAUUAAAAUCCGUUUUCCAGCCUUUUUUGUUUCUUAAAACAAAGAAAGAAAAGCACUUGAAAGCUUCUAUAUAGAGGGUGAAGAACUUACCUUUAAGAAAAAGAAAUUGAAUGCAUUUGACUUUAAAAGGAAAAUAUUUUUAAAAAAUUGGGGUGGGGCAUGAUUUAAAUGUUUUCCUGUUAUUCAAGACAUGAGAAUGGGGAACAAAGGAAGGAUACCCAACUUAUACAAUGCUGUACAUAUAGCUAAAACGAAUUUAUAACAAAAAUCCAGGUGUAAUUUUUACUAUUCCAUCUCCUGUAAAAUUUGAACCUGUUCCUUGAAAAUAUUAUUGUCCUUGGUAGGAGUAGUAUGAGGAAAUUCUUUAUUCUUAGAUAUACAGCAAUAACGUAUUCUUUUUGUGGUGCUUCUGAGAUGUAUAUGUCCUGUUUGAGAGAGAGAUGAUGCAGACGGGAUGAAAUUCACCUCUCAGCAGGUCCUGUAACCUGGACCUACUUUUUUCUAGGCAUAUAGCACCAUCAGUUACAAACUUAUAAACAGGGACAUUUUUGUGGGACAUCUUUUGACCCUGUUGAAAUACAUAAGAUUCAGUAAUUUUUUUGGAAUGAUGUAGUGAAUAAAUGCGAACUUUUUCAUGUUUGCAGCAGCACUGGAUGGUUGUAAGGAACUUCAGAUUUCACAGAUAAUUCAGGCAUAUUUUAAUUAUGGACUAGUUCUGGAAUCUUGCUAUACACUAAUGCAGUUUUCAAGCUCUGAGUCUUGCCCUAGUUUAUCAGAAACCAAAGCAUAUUCCCUGACCAAACAUUAAAGGUGGGUAAACAUGGACCAGUACCACCUCAGUGAUGAAAACUUCAUCCAAUCAGAGAUGCAUGUUCCUGGAUUUUCAGAGAGUCAAGGGCUGAACUGUAGUGACACUCUCAACCUUAAGCUGUGUCCAGAUACAAGAGACAUAAUGUAUACUGGCCUAAGCAGCCUAGAUAUGGAUCCUAGCCUUUCAGCUGCAGAUAUGGCUAAUGACACUUUGGAGGACAAUUUAGAUGCACUGUCUUUGUAUUCUGUGAAGGACUGUGAUUAUGUUAAACUCCUUGAUGAGUCUGACUUUGGCUCACAGCCUUCUUUGUGUGAAUUGGGACUUCCUAUCCCAGCAGCACCUAAAGAAGUUGAACAGGAAGGCAAGUCCAGUUCUGGUAGUGCCAGGAAAGGGAAGCAUCAGCACAGCUCUCCUCAAAACCCUGUCCUGGAUUGCAGUCUCUGUGGGAAGGUGUUCAGCAGUGCCAGCUCUCUUAGCAAACAUAACCUGACUCACAGCCAGGAACGGAAAUACAUCUGCAAAAUCUGCAGCAAGGCUUUUAAACGGCAGGACCACCUGAGUGGACACAUGCUAACACACCAGAAAACAAAACCAUUUGUGUGUAUAGAACAGGGAUGCAAUAAGAGUUACUGUGACCAUCGGUCGUUGCUUCGACAUUAUGAAAUGCAACAUGGCUUGUCUAUCUUAAAGGAGGCCACCUGUGAUGACGAUGCCUGUAAGGUCUCAUCACCUUCUCAUGAUGCAUUUGUCCAAAGAGGACAAGGUAGCUUGAGAACGGAGAGGCUGGCUGUUCACUCUCAAUCCAAAUCUCCAAAUCCUAGCCUGCCCAACAGAGACCUACUGAAAUGUAUUGUUAGCAGCAUUGUAAAUCAGAAGCUUCCAUCAACUCCAGCAUCGUCUGCAAAGGACUUGAAAAGUUCACUGCAGUCUUGCUCCUCUGCAGCUGAUCAGGUUUCUUGCAUCCCAUCUAGCAUGACUGCACUAUUUGAAGCUACAGGUGACAAGAUGGUGAAGGAGCAUUAUCCUUGCCAAAAGAAUGCCACCUCUUCCAAUGUGUAUGCCAUAAUAAAUCCUGGUAAUUUAUCUGUGAUCGCACCAGGAGAAAAUACAGUUAGCAGUUUGACUGAUACAUCCCUACUUUCAGAAUCACAGUUUCCUUUAGAGACUACAGGUUUGGAGUAUUGGCCAAACAGCACUUUACCUUGUUUUCCAUUAUUCAGAGGCCAGAAGAUUUCUGCAAACUCCUCCCAUCAGUCAGGCAGUAAUUUUCAGUGGAUCAGAAACAUGCCAGUUUGUACUAAAGGCAAAGGGAAUAGUGUUUAUAUUAAUCACAAUCCAUCUGUUACAGCUCAGAAUAUUUCAGGUGGGUUUCCUGGACCUUCUCACGCAUUCGACUCAUUUGCACAGAUGUAUGAGUGUCCAGAUGCUCUGUCAGUCGCACUUUUGAAGACCCAAGGGGAAAUCUCAGGUGAAACAAAGCUCAGCAGUUUUGAGGAAACCUUUAGGCCAACAAAAAGACAAGAAUGUGACAUUGAUUCCUGUCACUGGCAGAACAUUCAGAAGCAUAGUGUGUUACAGAAUGACGCUAACCCACACUUCAGGCAGCUUUUCAUGGAAUCCUCAGUGAACCAGGAGCAUAUGCAAGUGCAGCAACACCUGCUCCAAAUGUUCACCAAAUCUCAACACAUUUUGUCCCACACCCAGGUGGUGGCUCCAACACAGAAAGCAACUUCUGAGGUGAAACAGACUAUAGAAAAACCACUCCAAAAUGUAUUGCAACAGCAGCAGCAAGCUGACAUGAUUCACUCUCUUCUAGAGCACACAGAAGGUGAAGGGUCUCCCAUGUAUAUGCAAAAGACUUUGACCCAGUAUCAGAAGGAUGUGUCAUCUGUUAGUGAGGAACAAGACCAAAUAGAAAGGCAGCAAGCAGCAGUUGCUUUGCAGUCUUCUCAGUCCCUGUCUGACCCUCUCAUAAAUUCAGACUCUGUUUACUCUGCCAAGCAAACUAGACCCUUGAAAGGCUGUGUGGCAUUCAAAGAUACUGACAACCCAACCCAACCCCAGGCUGUAGUAUGUGAUAAAGCCCUGGGAAACUCUACUUCUGGGAAAUCACGUCAGUGGGAAAAUAAUGCUUUUGUAUAUAGCGACAAAGAGAAAAAUGAAAGAUAUUGCAAAGGAACAGGUGGCAAACUACAUUCCAGCAGUGGUAGACCUCGACGCUUGCCCAGUGUCCGAAAAGAGAAGCUGAAGUUUGACCUAUCUUGCACAGCUUCUCCAAGUCAAGUGGCCAUGGCUUCCUUUUCAUUACCUGGGACUUCACCCAGUCAUGUGACUGAAAGGAAACACAAACUAACCAUUUUUAAUAGGAUUCAGGGUGGAAAUAUCUACAGCCUUACUAAUGCAGUGAGGGAAGAAAACUUGUCAGCUGGAUGUAAUAACACCAGUGGUGUCCCUGCAGAUGGGAACAGAUAUGCAAGUGGUUUCAUUUGCAAGACCUGCAGUCAGCUGUUCUACACCAAGAAAGGUUUAAACAGCCAUAUGUGUUUCCAGAGUGAACAAUGGCAUUCACCACCAGGGAAAAUGGAACAGCAGGUGUACAGUGCAGAAAACUUAAACCCUCAGAAAUUGUCACUCAAGCCAAUAGGAGAUGGAAACUCUCCAUCAGAAAUUAAGAAACCUUUAGAAGACGUAACAGUGGCACCUCUUGUGAUCCCAGUCUCUGUACCUGUGACAGCUAUGAACCAACAGACCAAGAACAAAGUUAUUGAAAAGGAAAGCCAGGGUGAGAAGGAUCUCAGAAAAAGUUUGCCCCCAAAAAAGAGGAAGAGGCAGACUCGUCCCAAAUCGCUCUUUAUCCCACCUCCACCUCCGUUGUGUGCUGAGAUGCAGCCAGCCAUGAUGGGAGGAUGCCAUGAGAGUAAUCUUCGAUCACCUGUCUACAUGGUUGACCACCUCCUGAGAGACUUAUUCCAAAACUCUCCAUAUACCCCACCUCCUAUGCUCAGCCCAAUACGGGAGGGAUCAGGACUUUAUUUCAGCACUCUUUGUUCUUCCUCUACUAAUGCUGAUCCCAACAAGCUGUACAGUACCAUUCUAGGCAGAAUGGAUAGAGACUUUGGAUUCUCUCUUGUGAAAGAUAACACCAAAAUCAGCAUAAAGCCACACAUUAACAUUGGAAACCGGUUUCAGGCAGAGAUACCAAACCUCCAGGAUAGAGCAUUUUUAGAAAAUGAUGAACAUGCAGCUUCGUUAGUGUGGAAACCCUGGGGAGACAUCGCAACCAACCAGGAAACACAGGACAGAGUAACAGGGCUACUAAAUGUGGCCUGCUCCAGUGUGAUGCCAGGGGGAGGGACCAAUCUAGAACUAGCCCUGCAUUGUCUGCAUGAAGCACAAGGCAAUAUUCUGGAGGCCCUAGAGAUGCUGCUGUUUAGAGGACCUCAGAAAGCUCCAUCCCACCCACUUGCUGACUAUUGUUACUCAGGUUCAGAUGUAUGGACACCUGUUGAGAAGCAGUUGUUUAAAAAGGCUUUUUGCCUACAUAAGAAAGAUUUUUACCUGAUACAGAAGAAGAUUCAGACUAAGAAUGUGUCCCAGUGUGUUGAAUAUUACUAUAUCUGGAAAAAAAUAAUAAAAUUUGACUUCAGUCGACCGAAAAUUGCAUACAGCCCAAAGAAAAUGCAUGGUUAUCUGCCUAGACAAGACAUGAAGAUAAAGUCAAAGAAUUACAAAAAAGCAUCACACAAGACAUACAGUCCAGCCUGCAGUCAGAGGGGAACUCCAGACCAGCCUGGGAGCACAGACUAUCAGGGUGCAUUUCCGUGUAAAGAGUGUGAAAGGGUGUUCGACAAGGUAAAAAGUCGGAAUGCUCAUAUGAAAUGCCACCGUGUGCAGGAGCAGAUGGAGCCGCUGAUACAUAUUAAAUGGCCCAUAAAACAUUAAAAAAUGAGCCAAAGAUGAAAGAAACAAACUCACACGUUGACCUUCUCCAAUGGUAACUGGGAAACCAUGCGGGGUAUCAGUGGUGGUAGUCUUGUCUAAGCUUGGAAAAUAUGUAAAUGUUUUUUAGCAUCUGAUCAGUUGCUGAUCAGCUCUGUGCAGGGUUAGCUGACAUGACAGUGUGCCCAGCCCACACUUCAGCUUAUACCAUUGUUGGCACUGCAGAAAAAACACUCACUGUUUUUCCUAGUGCAGCAGCACCUGGUGAGGCUGGAAAGAAACCUCCACUUGAAGGUACGGAAAGGAAAGUUGUAACUGUUUGUAUUUGGUAGGAUGCCAAAGCCUAUUUGGAUGUUUUUAGUGUUUAGCAUCAAUAUAACAUUGUUGGUGUCAAGUUUAACUAUAAAGAAACAUUAAGGCAUUAAAUGCUCUUUACUUACAUUAACAGAGAAGGGAUGUGUGUGUUCAAUUAAGUAUACAUGCCUGGCACUGAAUUACAAUUAUGCAUGGUUGAAAAAAAUAUAUAGUUGUUAAUGACUGUAAAAUAGCUGUUGUACAAAUAUGAGAGGCUCUGUACUUCUGCUUUAGUUAAAUUAAAAAAAAAAGCCCUUUUGCCUCCAUUUAAAAAUAAAAGUUGGAUGUGAAUAGCCCUUGUUUCUUACCAUAAGUUUAUGGGUUCAGUUGCUGCUGUUAGAAGAAGUCAAAAAUAGGAAAAUCAAUGAGAAAUUGCCAUUGUAUUUAUAUCUUUUUUGCCGAAACGUGAUGGUCAUGCCCUGCAUUUCAGAUUUAAUAUGUAGUCCUGCGAUGAUCCGUGCAUUGUUAUUUUGUAUGUGCUCUCUGCAUAGCUUAUUAAAUUGGGUUCUUGAGCUCCA